AUGAACAACGAACGCGAUGUCAACUCUGCGAAGUCGGCUGACAUGCCCCCGGGAAUGGCACCAAUGAGUGAUACUCGAGCAAAAUCAAUUGAGGACUCUUUGCAGCGCAGCAAGGAGUUCCGAGACAUGUGUCCGGACGUCGACUUUGGCGGAGGCGUCAUCGAACCCACAGUCAACCUCACUUUUGACCUGAAGGGGAAAGUCGACGAAGAAAACCGAAAGCGCCAUGAGGGGCUGAUGACGGAGAUGUUCGAGCACGUGGCUGAGCCCGCUCAGGCUGAACACUUCUUCUGGAAGGCAAGGGAGUGCCUGGAAGCUUAG